CGACACUUCUGAUAGUCUGAAGGCACCAGUCCGUCUGCAGCUCCUAGCAACAGAGCGUUCAGUUUAUCCACCUCUAAAGGCAGUAAUUAAGACAAAGUUAAGAACUUUAAAUUGAUUCAGUUACUCACCAACAAGCCAGUUGUUACUUUUGGCUAAUUCAGUAGCUAACGCAAUUUAAAUUUAACGUAACAUUUGGUAGUGUAACAUUUAACAAUAUUAGCUAGGUAGUGUUAGGCUAAUAAUAGCGAAAUGCUAAGCAUUUAGCUAGCUAACGUAGCGGCCGUUCGGAGCGCCAUUGAAAAAGCAAGUCAUAAUAUUUGGAGAAGAAAAUUAAUCCAAGUGUGGCUUUAACUAUGAGUAGUUAACAGGUGAGCGCAGCUGAACAGCCUAAAUCCUAGUGUCAUAGUGAGCGAUGUGGAGGACCUGAAGUUACAGUAUCAAAUAGUGUAACUAGUGAAACGUGCCUUUUAUGCUGGCGGGAUGAAUACCCAUUUGACAGAGCUGAACACAGCACAGAGCAGACAGGAGUAUAUUGAUGCUGAUGACUGUUCUUCAAAAGAGGACAAUAAUGUCAACCCAGGCCCUGCAGGGACUCCUCUAUGGACAGGCCCCCCUUCAGAUGUCAGUCUGCCUGGAGUAGCUCCCCAUCAUCACCAGUAUAUUAUCCAGCCAGGGAUGGUGGACCCUCUUAGCUUAAGGUUCCCCUAUCCGUGUCAGUCCACUCACUGUCAACUGAAUUAUCCAGACUACCUUCUGGAGCCCCAGUCCAGUCAGUAUCACCUCCUCACUGACCCUGUGCCUGGUCCACCAGACAGCAGCCUUCACAGCUCAGGUUCUGCUCAUUGGUUUACUAAUGAACCCAUCCUCUGCAGCAUGAUGCCAGGGGAUUUACAUGCCCCUGUAUCCAGUAUCUGUGUACCACAGGCCGUGGACCAUCAGCAGUUUCAAGAGGGACUGACUGAAUUUACAUCCCACAUCCCACAGCAUGUGAUGUGUAAUGUAAGUGGAGGUGGACAGGUUGUGCUCGUCAACCCCUGUGAGCCAGGACCUGUGUUCCUUACCCUGAAAUCUGCCCCAACACAUACAGAUGACGGCCCAACUGCGGGUGAAGAUGUGAGUGUACUAGGGACUCCCAGCCAGCUUCCCCAGUACCACCAGACAACAUGCCCCCAGUAUGAGUCCAGAGAUCAGACAGCCAACACCCAGCUUCAAGCCCUUUUAGCACGAACUGUUGGAACUUGUGAAUCGAAGUCCAGGAAACCCUGCCACUGCACCAGAUCCCAGUGCCUCAAACUCUACUGUGAGUGUUUUGCCAAUGGAGUGAUGUGCAGCAACUGUGACUGCUCUAACUGCCACAACAAUGCGGAGCAUGAAAUGAAGCGUCACAAGGCAAUUAAGUCAUGUUUAGGUCGGAACCCAGAUGCCUUCAGGUCUAAGAUUGCUGGUGGGAAGUCAAGAGAGGUCAAAGGUUGGCACAACAAAGGCUGCAACUGUAAACGCUCCGGCUGCCUUAAGAACUACUGCGAGUGCUAUGAGGCCAACAUCAUGUGUACCUCCAGCUGUAAAUGUGUUGGCUGUAGAAACUACGAUGACGGCUCAGAAACAGGCCUCAAAGAGAAGACUGUCAAUGUCAAGGACAAAUGGCCUGUAUCGUGAUAACCCCUGCUGUGGUGGAGGCUGUGUGUGGCUGUCUGCUGGCUCAGGCUGAGGGGGCUGAGAGAGAGGCCCAGAGCCGCGCCCAGGCUGAGCACAUGGUCCUGGACGAGUUCGGACACUGUCUCACACAGAUUGUCAUGGCCAUGUUCAAGUACAACACAUACUGACAGAAUUACACUGAGCUUAGGUUCAUAGGAUUGUGCUCCUGAGUGGAGUGAAUUUCCAAUAUUUUAGUUUUAUUGUUAAUACCAGACAAACAUUUAUAAACAGCCGCACAGAGGUGUUUUUUUUUCUUUUCUUGCUGUUUGGGGUCUGUAUGAUUUCUUCAGAGUUAGUGUUCUGGUUCUGAUUUAAAUCUGGUGAGCAUUCAACAUUCAGAGGCAGUUCCAGUGUUUGUACCAUAAAUAUUUCAAAGAUUGUUCAAGGUGACUGCCUUCUGUAGCAUAUUUCAGUCUUUUAGACAUAACAAGAAAAUGAGUUGUCUAAUCUAUAUAUACAAAUG